AGAUGAGUGCUUUGCCUAGUUUAGUUGAAAGAGCAUGUAGUCCUUCUCGGUAUGAUCCCAACUUGGCUUUGAAUAUCGAGAUUUGUGAGACCAUCAAUAAGAAACAAGGCAACGCUCCUCGUAUAGCUGCUCAAACUAUUGUCAAAUUGGUCAAUAGUACAAAGACAAACCAAGCCAUGCUUGCAUUAACAUUAUUGGAUAAUUGUGUCAAGAAUUGUGGAUAUCCAUUUCAUCUUCAGAUUGCAUCUAAAGAGUUUUUGAAUGCGCUUGUAAGAAGAUUCCCUGAACGACCCCCUACUCGAUAUGCUCCUAAUCCAGUUCAAUCAGCACCUGAGAAUCAAUGGAAUCACUUUGAUUUUGCACCAAUGCAGCCAUGUAUGGCUAAUCCUGUCAUUGAUCGCAUUCUAUACCUUAUCAAAGAGUGGAAAAUAGCAUUAGUAGAACUAUCUCGCUAUAAAGAAGAUAUGACUCAUAUUAAAGAUAUGUAUCGAUUACUCAAGUUCAAAGGUUAUCAAUUUCCUGAACUUCGUGAUUCCUCAAUCGCCGCUUUGGCACCUAUAGAGACUUUGAAAUCCACACAAGAAUUAGAAGAAGAAGACCGUAUUGAUAAAUCAGCAAAAUUACAAGAGUUGAUUCGAAGAGGAAGACCACAAGAUUUAGUCGAAGCCAAUAAGCUAAUGAAGAUCAUGACUGGUUAUGAUCAAAAGCAUCAAACGAAUUUCAAGGACAAGUUUGCAGAAGAAUUACAUAAAAUUCAGAAUAAAGCACGAUUAUUAUAUGAAAUGCUAUCCAACCUAAAAGAAGGAGACACAACAGACGAAGGUGGCACAAUGGACGAACUAAAAAAUGCCUGUGAAAGUGCUUUACCAAAGAUCAAGAAUAUGCUUAAAGAAGAACAAGACAGUGAAAAGAUUGAAGAAUUAACUGAAGUCAAAUCAACUAUCAAAGGUGUCUUGUUAAAAUACCAAGAUAUUAAGCAUGGUCGAUAUGAUACUGAAUAUGAUGUGAGUGGCAAAUUCAAGAGUGAGACAAACAGUCUGUCAGAUAUGCCACCACCUGCUAUUAGCUUGAUUGAUCUAGACGACAUUUCCACUUCCUCUUCACCCUCAGUUGGACAUGCACAAAUUCAAAAGAAUCCAGUAGACGAAUUAAGUGAUAUUUUUGGUGACAAAGCAACUAUUUCUUCUGAUCAAAUGAUACGAAAAAUUGAUUUAUUGAACAAGAAUGGAUUGGGUAUCUAUUUAGAUAUCUAUGAAAUGGGUAGUGUAUGGAGAAUGAAGGCUUUUUAUUCAAACAAAUCUACUGCACCUAUGGAGAAAAUGACCUUGUUGUUAGCAGCACCUAAAUCAAUGCAUUUGAAAUUAGGCCCUAUUUCUUCUGAUUUUAUUCCCCCUAAAUCAGACAAGGCUGUCUCUCAACUUGUCACUGUAGAGAAUCCCCACCAGGAACCCUUGAGACUUCGUUACAAAGUCACUUAUGAACAAUUUGGCGUUGAAAUGGAACAAAGUGGUGAUUACCAUGAUAUACCUUAAACAAAAGUGUAACCAAUGCUGACAAUAAAAACGUGUGUUUGUCACAAUAAAGUUGUACAGUUCUCUAUUUUUGGUGAAUACAACAAUAACAAAAAUAAAAUAAAUUCUCUC